CUUUUGCAGAAUCAUAUCCGAGAUAAGCACAACUCAACUCUCUUUCUUUACUUGGAGGCCAGUGUGGAUAAGCAAAUUCAAACCCUUGUCUUGUGGUGAUAAUGGAAACUCUGCGUCUUGGAAACCCACCUCUCAACUCUCUCUGCUUCUCACACACUGAUUACCAGAGACAACAUUGCAGGAAGCUAUUGAGCUCAACGCAUUGUCUCAAUUUCUCGGAACCAUCUGCUCUAAAAUUCAGACCCUUUUAUGGAACUCGUUCCAAGUGUUUGAGUAGUAUUCGAAUGCAAGCAGUUGAAGAAGAUUAUGAGUUGAAGCAAAUGAAGGAUAUGGCUGCUGCUAGAAAGAGAUGGGAAGCUCUGGUCAGGGAAGAAAAAGUCAAAGUUCUGACACCAAGGGAAGCUGGAUAUGCUAUGCAACUCUCUCAUAAAACCGUACUAGAUGUUCGUCCCUCUACAGAGCAUGAAAAGGCAUGGGUUAAAGGGUCAACAUGGAUUCCGAUAUUUGAGGUUGAUAAUAAAAUUGAUGCUGGAACACUUUCCAGAAAGGUCACAAACUUCAUGAUGGGAGGUUGGUGGAGUGGUGUGCCUACGUUGUCAUAUGAUGACCAAUUUUUAUCAAAAAUUGCAGAGAAAUUCCCAAAAGACACAGACCUUAUUGUUGCAUGCCAGAAGGGAUUGAGAUCUCUAGCAGCAUGUGAGCUACUGUAUAAUGCCGGUUACAGAAACCUUUUCUGGAUUCAAGGGGGUCUGGAGGCUGCUGAAGAAGAGGAUCUUGAAAGGGAAGGUCCCCAGCCUUUUAAGCUUGCUGGAAUUGGUGGGGUUUCAGAGUUCCUUGGUUGGACUGAUCAACAAAGAGUCGCAGCUGCCAAAGAGGGUUGGGGCUACCGAUUAGUUUUCUCUGCCCGUCUGGUUGGAGUCGUUCUUGUUGCUGAUGCUUUGUUUAUCGGGGCACAGCAAGUUGGCCGUUAUCUUCAGGAUAUAAGGUCUCACUGAGUGUUUAUGACAAGACCUGAAGUAUUUAUAACCUCUGGAGAUGACAUUUUUGGGAUCCAAAACACCCAAUUUUGGAAACUAGACAACACCAUUCAAAAGCUGUUCUCAAAUUAGUCUUUUAGUUCCAAGACGCUCCAUCAAGAUACGUUUAGCCAAUUGAGUUGUAUUUGUGCAUGAUUCUGCCAUAUGCGGGAAGUGAGUUGUGCUUUAUAGAUUUUGUUAAAUGUUUGUAAGAGAGCGUAUAAUUAACUGGUUGUGGACAUGUAGAUUUAACUACCAAGUAAUAUAUCGCGACUUAUGCCGCCCAAUUAUUCAUCUUA